CCUGACAGUCACUCACUUCUCUUUACUGAACAUGGUGUUUGUUAGCACGUGGCAAAUAGCUUUCACGUAGUGAGGACUGUGAUAACCCCCCUCACACCUUACAGGAAACAAAAUCUGUCCUCGUCACAGACCAGCAUCAAACACGGGCAGCUUAGCUUCAGAGGACAGCAAGAUGAGGCUGAGGGCUCUGUGGAUGGUGGUGAUGGUGUGCUUCAGUGAUGGAGAAGGCACAGAAUGCUUAGGCGGACCUGUCAUCUCAGUGACCGAAUCCAGUAAAGUGAUGUUUCCAUGUCCACGUAUCCAAGCCUCAGAGAUGAAAUAUCAGCUAAUCUUCAAUGACAAACCCAUCAGUAAAGUCAGCCUGGAUAAGAACCACACUGCACAGUUUGAAGUCACAGUGAGUGAGAGUGGGGUGUACUCCUGCAUCACUGAGAAGAUUUAUCCUCCACCCUACAAACAGAGCUGUCAGAGAAUCCAAGUCAAUGUGACCGAUGGGAAGAAUUGGACAUCAAUCAACGACAGCAUCAUACCUGUUAAGGACUGUCCAUGCAAUCCUCCAUUAAUCCCAGAGGUGGUGAUGUGGGCGGGAUCUUGUGCUUUAUUGGUCUACAGCCUGACAAUCACCUGCAUAACCAUUGCUAUAUGGAAAAAGCAGAAGAAAGAAGAGAUGGAAAGUGUUGUGUAUGAAAACACCAGACCCAGGAAAUCUCCCAAACCUUAACUGCUGCUUAUGGCAAUCAUCCAUAAAUAUCACGAGUAUUAAACCUAGGAAUGCUGCCAACACCUUUUAGUACAAGUCAGAGGACUACUGCGUGGGUAUGGAAAAGAUUCGCCUGUUGGGGUCUUUACCAAGUUGUUUUUUGAUGUUGUUUGUAUGUUUUCUGAUGGUUAGUCUAAACGGUGUGGACAUGCACAGCACAUUUAAUGGUAUGUCUGGAUUUCAGGUAUUUGUUUUAUGGUUGGUGCUUCGUAGGAUUAGGAUUAGCACACGUGAUGAGUUAGGCUUACCUAACACCACCACAAGGCUGUUUAUCUAAACCUUUCAAUUUUUACAGUUACCAAAAGGAAAAACAGUAUAGACAGAUAAUAGUAGAAUUAUUGUUAAUUAUUCUUAUUUAAACUUGUUGAUAUUAACCAGGUCACUGAUGACCCAUCCAGGGUAAGGGAGCAGAAUCUGGGCUUAGAAUCCCCAUCUUUCUGUAGGACAUUCAUCCACCACCCAAAGGCCAAAAACUUUAAUGGAAACAACAGUAAUGACAUUUACUUAAUCCAAGAUGUAACAUGUUCUGGUCCUGGAAGAUUUGCCUGUUUAGCAUGUACUCAAAGCAAAGUCCAACUCUGGAUGACUCUGUGGGUGUCAACUGAAAAUACUACAUGUAUACUGAGAAACCAUCAGUUAGACACAUUACUUAUGUAGCAAUGUCAACAGACUUUCAGACAAAGAAUUGGGGAAAUAAAAUAUUUCAAUACACAAAACUUAACACAAAAAGAAAAUAUAAAUAAACAAAUUUGUCAAACUGUUCUGACUUCAAAGCACUUUCAGCCUUUAGAUCAGUUCACUGUAGCUUGAACCCUAGAAACCCUAGAAAGUCCCAGAACAGAAGAAGUGCACACUGAAAAUGUAUGUAAGAGUGUAAAUGUAUGUAAGUGUGAUCCUUUAGCUUUGCUUUGCUUAAUAUGUGGCUAAGUGCAACCCUGAGUGGUUCAGCAGAGCACUGGUGGUUGUUAAAAGUUUAAAUAUUUAAGAACAGUUUAAAACAUUUUGUUUGAUCUUUACUUUUUUCUUAUGUAUUAUUAUUAUUAUUAUUAUUAUUAUUAUUAUUAUUAUUAUUAUUAUUAUUAUUAUUAUUAUUAUUGUAUUAAUUGUUUAAUUAAUGAUAAAGUCUGUCCCACUACUGUGAAGUAUAUGUACAUUACAUGUUGUACAGUAAACACCUUUGCUAUAAACAUGAGAUGUUUUAAAAUAGAAAAAAUCAUGUGUAUUUUUAGAACAUUUUGCCAUUAUGUAAUGACUGUGUUCACUUCUGGGACUGAUGUGCUGAAAAUCAAUUUCCUUCUCUUGUUUGGUUGAUAUAUGAGUAAUUUUCCUUCAUAUUCAGCUACAUUAUGCUGUCGUGAGUUCAGAGAUGCCUCAUGCGUGUGUGGAUUUACUCAGAAGUGACUGUAUCUUUUUUCUUUGAUGAAGAUGACAAAUGUCUUAUUACUCAGAAUAAGUGCGCUCAUGGCUCUGCAGGAAACCGACACGUCUCAAGUCUCAAUAUAAUCUUGCAUAUUUUUCUCGUCACUCACUAACAUUUAAAUGUUAUUAAUUCAUUUAUUUUUUAGUUUGUCUCUGUUGAAAAUAAAUGAAUGAAUCAUUCCUAUGAGCAAGACAAGAUGCAGCUGGACUCUGAGCUUUAGUUAAGUGGAAGCAACAAAAAGUCUGGGAACACUAGGAAAGAUUUACAGCAUUUAUUUUGAAUUUCAUAAAACAUAUUUUUAUUAUGAAUGAUUAAAGAUGGAUAUGUCCAAAAUACACGUCAUGAUGAGCUCAGAGCCUGUCAGUCAGUCAGCCGGGUCAUGUUUUUACGAGUUUUCACACUAGUUUCACUCGAAAGUUAGCAACAAAGGCUAACCGUGUCAUAGAGAUACAACAGACAGAAGUCUGAGAUGUAGUUUUUAAAUGUGAGGUGUUAAAAAAAACCAGACUGUGUUAUAUCGGCAUACUUAAGUGGAUGUGGGCUGACUUUGUACAUUUGUUUAUUUACAGAUAACUUGGUUAGAUGGUGUUGGCCAUUAGUGACAUUACGGGAUGUAGUUUAUCAGCCUGUGUCAGUGUAUCUGCUGUGAAUAUGAUCAAAUUAAUACUGUCAUAUGUUCAGAGUCUUGUUACAUUUGGCUGUUAGAAUAGAUUCAGACAGAACUGAGAG